GCCAGCCGGAUGUGUGAGUGUUGCUAUCAGGGAGAUGGCAAGUUUGGAUUCAGCGGCUGCUGGUGCCGACAGAGGCCCAGGGCCUGGGCCAGGGGAGAGCCGAGGGCCCGGGCCAGGGGAGAGCCGAGGGCCCGGGGAGGGUAAGGGCCAGGACAGUACCUUCGAGUGUAACAUCUGCCUGGACACAGCGAAGGACGCGGUGAUCAGUUUGUGCGGCCACUUGUUCUGCUGGCCCUGCUUGCAUCAGUGGUUAGAAACCAGACCGAAUCGACAGGUUUGCCCUGUUUGCAAAGCAGGAAUUAGUCGAGACAAAGUAAUUCCCCUUUAUGGAAGAGGAAGCACAGGCCAGCAGGAUCCAAGAGAGAAAACUCCUCCGAGACCGCAAGGCCAGAGACCUGAGCCAGAGAGUAGAGGGGGUUUCCAAGGUUUUGGAUUUGGAGAUGGAGGAUUCCAGAUGUCAUUUGGGAUUGGUGCAUUUCCAUUUGGGAUUUUUGCGACAGCAUUUAACAUCAAUGAUGGCCGCCCACCUCCAGCAGUCCCUGGAACGCCACAGUACGUGGAUGAACAGUUUCUGUCUCGCCUUUUCCUCUUUGUGGCUCUUGUGAUUAUGUUCUGGCUCCUCAUUGCUUAAGGACAAACGGAAGCGAUUACUUUUCUGGAUCAUUGUGUGAUCUGAUGAGCCAGAUGAACACUUCUGGGAAACUAUAUCUUUCACCAAGGUUUUCUACCUUUCAAACAUACAUUAUUUACAGAAAUCAUAUCUAAUUGGGGCUGAAACCAUUGUUUGAAUUGACCAAUUGAAGAUGAUGAAAACAGCAUGUAUAUGGAUCUAGUUAGAGAGGACUCGUUUGUUCAAAAGAUUCCCAUUCCUGGGUUGUAAUUUUAUGGAAAUACCUGUGUUCUGUGCUUGUAUGUGAAAUAUUCAGGUCUGCAUGCUGAUUUCAAGCUGAGUUUCUGAUUAUCUAUCCUUACUCAAAUCACUGCAUUGUCACUUUGGGAAUGGAAAGAAAAUGUGUUUCUUGGCUGGUAUAAUAGUCCUUGAAGUGAAGAUUUAAGCUGUGCUUGUCAGGUUUGUUAAGUAGAUUUGUCUCCAAGUCAGAAGAUUUAAAGUACAAGUUCAACACAACUUGACUGUACAGUCUCAGCUAUUUGGCAAGACAGAUGUCUAAUUUUACGUUCAGAUGAAUAUAAAAGGUCCUAUAGUCCUAUUUAAAGACUAGCAAGAGUUGCAUUUCCUGGUCAACCAAGUUGUCAAACUUAGAUUAAACGGUAAUGUAUUUCAUUGCAAUUUAUGGAAUAUUGCUGUGCUUGAAUUACAUUUUCCUACAUAACAAUUGCUUUAACUGUGAUUAAUGUUUAGCUGUGAAGAACACUGACAUGAACUGAGGUUGUAGACAACUGCAAGUCUCCACUCUUAAUUUUGCUAAAAGUAAAACAAAUUAGUCACCUUUACCUGCUCGUCAGACUUCAUUUGUAGCCACUGAUAAUAUCAAUCAACUGUUAAGAUCAUUUUCUCACUCUGCCUGUACCUAUUCAGAUCAGAAUAUUGGAGUAGAUCUUUUCAGUGGUACUCUUCCCUUUAAUUGAGAUGCUCAGUUUUAAACAGUUAGUCAAUAAAUCUGCAUGAAAUAUUGAUCAGAUUCUCAACUUAUUGCAUCACCUCACGGAGUGGGAUGGGUGUGCUGGAAUCUGGUCCCCCUCUAAUCCUGAGCAUUUCGAUCGCCAUGUUCUGGAUUCACCUUAACAAUCCUUAUUCAUCUAUUUUGUAAGUUCACCUAUCAGAGGCCUCUAUUCAUAGAGUUAGCAAGCUUCUGCACAUUUGCCACAUCUACCUUUAGGAAAGAAGUAACAGCCCAAAGAGAUCUGCAGAAUUUGCAGUGUGUUUAAAGUACUCUGUAUUUAAAUAGAUAUUAAGGCUGGGGAGACACAUUGAACGGCCAGUGAGCCAAGCCUGUUACUUUCACUACAGUCAAAAAUUUGCUGGGACCACCUGGGAGGAAGUGGUAAUGGAGAAAUGUUUGUCAGUCAGGAGAUGAAAAUUGAAAAGCCUGGAUGAGAUGGGUUGAGGAACAGAUGAUGGCAUAUAGAAUGGAUGAGAUGGAGGAAGAUCAGUUCUAAAAGGCUGGAUAAGACAGGCUGCACCUGUCAUUCAGCUCACCUGAUUAGUGGAAUUCCAGAAAAUUCCUGCGUCUGAUAAUAUAGGGUUCAUUCUCGAACCAGGCGAAACCCAGUAUGGAGGUGGAGAACAUCAGAUGCAUAUGGGGUGAUAGCCUUCUAUUAGAAACAUCCAAAUGUAUUUUAAAUUUAAUAUCCUGUUUCCUACUUUGUAUCAAGUGUAAAAUAAAACUUGUGCAUCAAUCAAA